CAUAUGGAUGAUAACUUUGCUCCGUUCUUGAGGUCCAACAAUAGCCCCUAAAGCCUGUCGUUAAUACGGAGGACUACGACAUUUCUGAGUUGGAGCACAUCACUGAGGGCCAACGUAAAGGGAAGGACAAAAUGAAUGACGAGCCAAAGAAAUAUACCACGAUGAAAACUCUAUUAUUGGUGAGGUUUUACGUCGACGUGUUGGAGGAUGCCAUCAUUGGGAACUUCCAAAAAUACAAAAUGUUUUGAGAGCAUGUUAUUGUAAAGAACAAUGCCGGGAGGCCAACUGUUCGCCCGAACAUGACAACAAGAUGCUUCGAAAACACUAGGGAUGUGUGCACAUGGAAGUCUAACAAUUUAGUGACAUGUAUGCCAAUGUCCAUUGCAUACAAUGUGUCAUGAAGACAUGUCCCAGACUCCCAGUGGUUCCAACAUCAAUGACAUUCUCUUGAAGGCAAUGAUCCUUUUUUCAGUACGGAAAAAAGAAAUUCCAAUUUCUGAAUGUUUGGAAACUUCUUGGGAAAGUCCCAAAUUCAACGUUGGGGCAUAUGCAGAAGAAUCAGCGUCGAAGUAAAACAAACUCUCUAAAACUAGUUCAUACUCAACGAGGAAAAGCAAAUAGUCCAUCGACCUCAACACAUUGGGACAUGAUUUCAAUGCAAUUGGCGAUGAAUAUAGCAAUCAGAGCUAUUUGAUACGAACGAGGCAACAAAGAAGGCAAAGGCCUCGGCCCCCACACCUACCAAACCCAACGUUAGACAAAAUGUUUACUUCCACAGAGAACAAGCAACACCGCCCCCCAGGGCUUCAAAGCGGCGUCACUUCCUCGGCGUCAGAAGUUUGACGCAACCCCCUCCCCUAACGGCUAUAUUAGCCGUUGCAACCCUAAAAAGAAAUUAAUUAUUUUUUUUAUAAAUUUCAAACUCCAUCUCCUUCCAUUCUCACACCUUUCAAUUUCCAAUUCUCACAAAUCUUCUUCACAUCUUCAAUUCUCAAUUCUCCAAUCCUCCAAUUCGCUUUUCAACACGAAUCCCUCCGGCUCUGGUUUUUUCCUCGACGAUGUCGAGCCUAACGAGCACAUCGUGUGGAUCUUCCAACAAUACAGGAGCAAUUCAAUGUUGUUCGAGACGCAACCAUUGGGGUAUGUCUAUAAGCGGGAGUUAGUUUCAGAGACUCAAUCGGAACCAUCCGGCACCAAAAAAGUGCAUGCCGGAAGAGUCACAAAGCGAAAGGCACUCAAGCGAUGACCGAGGCGGCACAGUCAGUCCAAAAGUGGAUGCCGGAGGAAGAAUGCUCGUUGGUUUGGAGCAAACGAAGGAUGUGAUGUGGGAUCGUAUCGAGGAGAAGUUCCUUACAAGGAACAAGGACGACUCGUACCGUACGCAUGACCAACUCACUUCCAAAUGAAGCCAUAUCAACUGUAAAGUCCGAAAGUUUAUCGGAGUUUACGAGGAAUGCGCCCGGUUGUGGGAUGAACGACACCGAGAUUCAUUGAUUUGUCACGGCCCGGUAUCAAGACGACGGGCACCAAGGCAAGGUGCCCAUCAACCUUUGGAGGACUUUGAACUGUUCCCCGGAAUGGCAAUAACUCAACAAUUCUGAUGCCGAAUCCUCAAAGAAAAGGUCCUCUGUCAACGCCGAGGUUGAGGUUGACGACCCUAUCGGUUUAUCCGAACAAAGGUCUCCCUUCAAUGUUGCGACGAAGACCUCAUUCCACGGCCGAUCAGAAGAAAGAAGGCAAAAUUCAUUGCCUCGGGUUCUGGAGAAUCCGACUCUGAUUUCGCUUCUUCUCGCAACGAUAUCGGUCGGGCAAUGGUUGAACAAUUUCGGAUAUUCAAUAUUCGAGAAGAAGAGAGGGCGAGAAGAAAUCUUGAGAAGAAAG